GAAAAACUCGAUUGGUAUAAUACGUGUUUGGUUAAAUUGAAACAAGUGUCAGAAUGUUUAUUUUGCAAUUACUCAUAUAUCAAUUAAUGGCAAUAGGCAAUUUGGCUGAAAUUUUGUCAGAAGUGACAAUAGAAAAAAUGUUUUUUCAGUUUCAAGGCGCGGUGAAUUAUUUUUUAGGGAUUGCAGAUGUUCCAAAUAUUAGUCAGGAUGUUACUUUUAAUCUCUAUACGAGAAAAAAUCCACAAAUUGCUCAAAUACUACCCUCUAGUUACCCCUCUCUUAUACCUCUGUCAAACUUCAAUCCUAAUUUAAACACUUAUUUCGUGAUACAUGGGUAUACAGAUCACAAACAUCGAGAAAUUAUCGCACAGUUGAGACUGGUAUUGAACAACGCUGAAGACUCUAAUGUUAUCGUGGUGGAUUGGAGCCGUUUGGCGGCAUUUAUCUACUUCGACGCUGUCAACCAUACAGUUCCUGUUGGAACAUACGUUGGAGAAUUUUUAUCUCUUCUGGAAUCAAAUUUCAUCGACCUCAAAACUGUUCAUUUAAUCGGCCACAGCCUAGGUGCCCAUAUUUCAGGCAUUGCUGGCGCUUAUGUCGGAGGACGAGUUAGGCGAAUCACGGGACUGGACCCUGCUGGCCCCCUUUUCGAAUUGAUAGAAGAACGCGACGAAUCCCUCUCGCUUGAUAAAACCGACGCUCUUUUCGUCGAUGUUAUUCAUACCGACGCUGACGAGUUUGGGAUAACUAAACCGAUUGGUGAUGCCGACUUUUACCCAAAUGAAGGAACCUCACCUCAACCGGGGUGUACUAACCUGUUAACUGUUGGUUUGUUGUUAGUGCGUCAUAUAAGAUCGGUUGAAUUUUACACCGAAUCGGUUAUUAACAAGUAUCCUUUUGAGGCAAGGCAUUGUAAUAUUUCUCGAGGCGACUACACGUGUUUGGAGGAAGAACCGGUCCAUAUGGGUCAUUACUUAUCAAUUCAGGCCCGAGGUGUUUACUUUUUGGAGACAAACUCCGAACCACCCUUUGCUAAACGUACAUGAAUAUAAGUAAUAAAAUUGUUUGGAGUUGUGAAAUAAAUGUGUGCGCUAUUGUUUGCA